UAUGGCGCUUAUGUCAGUAGCAUAUCAAUGUUUUCUAAUUGGUUUUCUCUAGUUUUAUGGAAUUAAUUAUUCGUAGGAUAGUUUUAAUUUAACUUUUAUUAUGUCUACAAAUAAUUUAUCGUCAGUUUUAAAAUCAUGUUCGGAAAGUGAACUUAUAAACGAAGUAGCGGAAGCGAACAUGACACCAAAACAGGUAGAAGGAUCCCGAUUAAAACGUACUUUUACCUUGCCUCGCAAUCCCUUUGGGACAUCGAAGCCCAGUUCAAGCAAAACUAAAACCACCGAGAAUGAUAAUAAGCCAUCAAGCGCGAGUUCUGUGAUAAAUGUUACGCAAAAAGAUGAAGGUGGCCUGGAAAGGAAGUUGUUCAGGAGGCCGUCAUGGAAGAUAUUUUUGAAUAAGAUCGCGCAACACAUGAGUACUGUGAACGUAUCUGGUGUUAAGUCUGGCCCAGCAACCGUGAACGGCGACCGUGUUCCAUGCAGCGGGGAACCGCCAUGGCCUCCUGGGACAGUUCCAGCAGCCACAGGCAUCAAAAACCAUGGCAAUACUUGCUACAUGAAUGCUGUGCUACAGUGCCUAUCCCAUACUGAUGUCAUUGCAGAAUAUUUUGUUUUAGAACAUUAUAAGAUUGAUUUACAAAAGCGGAAUAAGAUUAAUUCUAAGAAGUAUGGUACUAGGGGAGAGGUGACAGAACAGUUAGCAGCUUUGUUAAAAGCGCUAUGGUCUUGUAGGUACACACCAGACAUGAGCACAUCUUUUAAGGCAGCUGUGGAAAGGCAUGGUAACCAGUAUAGGGGAAAUAGUCAGCAUGAUGCACAAGAGUUUCUAUUUUGGCUGCUAGACAAAGUUCACGAGGAUCUAAAUACGGCAACUAAGAAAAAAUACAAAACUAUUAAGAAUACAGUUGGUAAAUCAGAUGAAGUUGUUGCAGCUGAAACUCUAGCCAAUCAUGCUCGCAGGAACAGUUCUUUUGUUCAGGCAGUUUUUCAAGCACAGUAUAGGUCUGCACUUACAUGUGCAAAAUGUGAGCGAACAUCUUGCACAUUUGACCCGUUUCAUUGUGUAAGUGUGCAGCUACCAACUAAACCGGCGACGGCUCAACCAUCCCCUCUGCCUGUCAAUGUGGUAUAUGUAAAUCAGCAACCUCGACAAGUGCGUAUAGGCGUGGAGUUGCCUCCAAACUCGACAAUGGACGACCUCCGCACAGCGUUACAUGCUGAUACCGGUAUUGAUCGCGAUCACAUCAUAUUAGCUGAGAUCAAUGAAAAUGGCUGGUGCACCGGUCGCGCCAGCUGGGAACCGGCAGGCAUAGAGCUGGGCGCGCUGUACUGCCUCGAAGCGCCGCCUAUACUGCAGCCGCCCACCACUCCCUACUUGCUGUUGUUGUGGGUCAAUAUGCUAGAUGGGGACCGCUUUGGUUCACCAUACGCAAUGCAAGUGCCCCGCGAGACGUCGUACGAAGACCUGCAGAAGCUGAUGUUGAAGGAGAUGUGCCAGGUGGUGGCGGAGAGCGUGCUGGAGAGCGCGCAGGGCUGCGACAUCUUCCGCGCGCGCAUCGCCGAGGCGCACCGCCCCCGGGACCCUGCGUACUUGCAGCCAGAGCUACCACACCCACUGUUCGCAUUGGAUGUAGAGCAAGCGCUGUGUGCACACGACAAGUAUCCCCACCUUCGUCUCGAGUUACUCUGGGAUCCCGCUCACAGGGACAGUAUAAUCCGCGAGUCGGGCGAGGCGUGCGAGGUGCACGUGUCGGCGGCGGGCGCGAUGACGCCGCUCACACUGCACGCCUGCCUCGCGCACUACACGCGCGCAGAGCAUCUGGCGCAGGAAGACGCCUGGAGAUGUCCACAGUGCCAGAGAUAUAUGCCGGUGGUAAAAACUCUUGGUCUGUGGUCUCUACCGGACAUUUUAGUGAUACAUCUUAAACGCUUUCGACAACAAGCCAAAGGUCGUACAAGUACAAAACUGACCACAAUGGUCGAGUUUCCAGUUAACGAUUUCGAUAUGACACCCCACCUCGUGCGAAGAAACCCACCUAACGUUGAAUCACCGAGUCAUUCUCGAUCGCCGAGACGGAGGCAUUCAAAGCCGUCGAAUAAUCCACAGGAGAACAUCUACGACCUGUACGCCAUUUGUUACCACCACGGCGACGAUUUGGAGACGGGUCACUACACGGCCGCUUGCAAGAACCCUUACGACGCCCGAUGGUACAAGUUCGACGACUCUAGAGUCACAUCGGUCGACGAUGAGAACGUUUACAGCGAACUCGUCAACAACUCCGCCUAUAUGUUGUUUUAUAGACGAAAGAAACCCAACGUUACGCACUCGUGUUCCACCGAGGAAGGCGGACAUUGGGCGUUACGGAUGCCGAAAUUCGCGAAACUGGCCACAGAAAGCCUGAACGAAAUCACCGAAGUCAAAGAAGAGGUGAUAGACGAUUCCGAUGAUAAAAAUAAUCCAAGAACCUCCAUCAUCACAACCAAACCAAACACGUCUCCCUCCAAAAGUAUUUCGAGUCUCGCCGAAGAUAAAACCAGUUCGAGCCCCACGAAACAUGUGACCGUUAUACACAGCACGACGUCUAUAAUCCAAUCACCGACUCUUCAGAGGCCGCUCAUCGUCGAAGUGAACGGCGAUAUAACGAACGAUGAACUAAGCGACUAUGAAAACGAAUCGAGCAUGUCGAUUGAGCCAUACAUCCACAAGGAUGUUCACGUGAAUCCCAAAAUGACACCGGUGGACACGAGGCGGCCCCGCUCCGUCGACUACCCGGCCAGAUCGAGCACGUCGCCGUCGUCUAGAGACUCCAAUAGAAACUACGAGAGCUCUCCGCUGGUCGCGAGCAUUAAUGAAGUGGAAUACCAUCCCACCACGGAAGAUUUGAUGCUAUCUAUGUUUCAAGAGUCGAAGUAUAUUGUGCCUAGACACCACAUCACCGGGGAAUCUCAUAGGACAGGCGAGAAAUCGACCGUAUGGAAAACUCGAAUAUCCACAUGAGAGCAGCUGAAACCUUUUUUAAUUUGUAUAGAAACCCCUUCCCUUUAUUUAUUUUACAAGUACCCGUAGAUCUGAGGAUUCCGUGUAGGUUUCGUUGUUUUAAGUAUAGGUGAGGCAUUUCUUGAAUGCUCUGACGUUCUUGUAUGCGCAGGUAUUCGCACACCUAAUAGAAACCACUGACCUCUAAUACAAAUACACUGGACCUGCGAUUUCUGACCUGUUUUUGAAGCAACUUAAUUAUCGCCAUUUUGGCGCUGUUAGCAGCACGCUCGGUGAGUGCAUUCUCGCAUCCUGCAGAUAUCUGUUUAAUGCUAAUGCGAUGCUACUCGAUACCACAUCAGCAGGUCUAUUCCGGAAAACCUAUAUCCAUCAUUAUUACAAUCGCAAUUGUUGUGAUUGGCUGAAUUUCUGGUAUUUUUGGUGCAACAAUGCAUUGCAGCCAAUAGCGUGUGUCAACCAAUAGAGGUGAUUGCCAUCGUUAAACUAGCUGUCGACUGUCAAACUACCGCGGCAGGGCUCCUGAGCAUUCAAGAAGUUUAGCGUCACCUAUACCUGAGUAGUUAUAAUUAUGCGAAAUGCUAGAGCAAGGCUUGAGAUGUUCAUUAAAAAUACUCUAUUAUAAACCAGUUCAUUGAAUACAAUACGAGCUUCCAACGAUGAAUUACGGCUUAGGUUUUAUUUAUCGACAUAGUUAAAAAAUAGGAUAAUAACUAAGCGAGUUGUCAAUUUUACUUAAAUAAUCAUAACUAUUUAUAUACUCAAGAGGCCUAUGUUUCAAUGGCUAGAAAAUCCUCAUAUUGGAUAACUACCUGAAACACAUUAUAGCUAUACAAUAGGUAGCUAACAGAUGUUUUAACUCAUUUGUUUGAUGUAAUGCUAGAUGUAGUGUGUGUAACUACGCGUCUCAGUAUUGUAGGGCGGACCACUUACCCGUCGCGUCGUCAGUAGUUCAGUAUUUGUGUUUUACCCCAUGCAACAAAAAUACAUCAUUAAAAUCAACAUUGGGCAAAAUGGUCCUCAUUGUAGCCACUUCUGAAACCAGUUUACUUUCACAUAAAUUGUUAUAUAUUCAUUAAAUAUUCUCUGUUUAAUGAUGAAGUUAUGGACAUUAAAAGAUGAUAAUAAUUCAGAUAGUAGGUAGUCAUGAACAUAAGAAUAGAUCUUGCAUUUCACGAGUGCGCUUAGUUCAUGCCUGUGUUGAAGUCGUAUCGGUAUAAAUAAAGUAAAUAAUGUGCGUUUGUGGCGAGCGCUUGCUCGCUGCUGAUUGGUCCGAUAGGGACGCACACUUAUGCGCAAUGUACACGACGUAACCACAAGUAAAGUUCGCGCGCCGCGCUCUUGCGGGGGCGUAAGGUGGGAUGGGUAUUCUGGCUUAGUUCUAAAAAGGUCUAUCAGCAUAAUAAACAAAGUGGUUUUAAGACUCAUUCGUUCAUAAGCCAAAUUUUGAAAUCUCGUGACAUUUUUCCUACAUUAAAGCUACAUAUAUGAUUAGUUUUAACAUAAAGAAAUUAGAAAAAUAUAUAUUCUCUGAAGUUUCCGCUCUGAGGAUCAAGGUCCUUGUAUUUUGCCCAGUAUCCUUUAAUGAAUUCUAUUUGUGCAAGUCAAAUUUUAUGACCUAAGUCAAAAUUUGUAGGCACGAUUUGACACCUGCUGAAUCUACUCAGUGUUGGUAACAACGAAUUUGUGAGUAAAGUUUGCAUGAGAUAUCAAACCUUGUCUAUGUUACAGCUGGUAUUGAAAUUCCCGUUAUUAUUUCACAAUUUCGUAAUUUUCUGUAAUAUUUGUUGUACACACUACCGACAGUAAAUUAGUGUAAAGCUGACGAUAAGGGUUACUACACUUUAGUUUUCCUUAGUUUAUAUAAAAGGUAAAUAAGUAACUUUUCGCUGAAAUGUGUAAGAGGCGCACUGUACUGUACCCAACCUAUACACACUUGUGACUAACUGAAUUGUUAAUGAAAUCAUGAUACCUGAUGAUGGUGAUGAUAAAAAAACCUAAUUCCAGAUCUAAAGCGUCCGGCAAAUCGCGUCGCUUUACGCUAAAGGUGCCCACGCACUUGAACUGAACUGCAACUGAACUGCGCGUCGCGGCAGCGCCCCGCACGAGAUUCUCUCCAGCCGCGACACGUAGUUCCGCUGCAGUUCAGUUCGAGUGCGUGGGCACCUUUAUGCGUUUCCCCGAGGUUUCUGCGAUUUAUCUUCUAAGCAAACUAAGGACAACUAAAGUAGGUAUAGAUCUAAACAGCAAGAUGGUGUGGAAUAAGUCCUGUUUAUAUUUGAGGCGCAGUGUACGUGGCGUACGAGUAUACUGUAGAAUAUAUUAUUAUUAAUCAGCAGUAGUAUGUUACAGCAUAAUAAAAAAUGACAUACAAUACCACACUUGUGCCUUGGCUAUAGGGUGUUAAUUUGUAAUUUAAAAAUGUUUACAUUUUACGAUACGAUAUCCCGACGAACACAAGUAUAAUAAUUAAACUUGUAUGAAAUGCAACUGAGAUAAAGUCGUAUAGAUGUUCUUUGAUUACUUGUGCUUAAUAAUGUUUUCGAUAAAAUAUAAAGGUAGUUAAAAGUCACUUUUACACAGAUUCGAUAUGAGGCGGCAAGGCAGUGGGAUAGUAAUUCAUUGAACCUCGGUUUUUUUGGAGACAUGCAGUAAAAAGGAUAGAAGACAAGAAAAAUUGAAGCCAAAAUGUUUUAGUUGAAAAUAUGCGUUGAACUGAUACUAAAAAAUGAAAACAAAAUUGAUCGAAAUAACGUAAAAUAAAUAUUUUACUCAAAUUGAGAUUGCCAUCACUCGUUAAUAUAAUGAAUGAAUCAUUUUUUCAUAAUUAUUGCGCUGUCCACUGCUUUGUCUCCUUGUAGUUUAAGCUGCGUUCACAUCUAUAAAUAAUUUGCGUUGGUCAACACAAAAAUUAUUGUAUCGUACACGACGCUUUAUAUUGGUGUGGACGCGGCUUUAUGCGACCCGUGGUUAGCAGAUAUUUGCGUCACGUUCCAAAUUCUCCUCAAUUAUUUCACACAGUAAACUAUGUCAAUAUAUUUUGCAAAGUAUAAUAAUUUAAGAAUAAUUUGUGAAAUAUUGUAUAUAGAAUAAUAUGUGGCUUUGUAAUUUGUUUUAUAAAUAAUAGAGAUAGAGAUAUACGUUUUUGUACCAAAAUAUGAUAUUAUCGGUUUGGAUUAAACGUCGAAUGUAAAUAUUGGAGAAUUUUUUCAUUACGGACGUAGGUAAGAAAUAAUGCCACGAUGUGAUUUUAUAAUUAAAUUUUAUUAAAAUUGUUUUAUAUAAAAGACAAGUAUAAUAAGAGUAAUGUAUAAUGUUAUCUUAUUAUUUACUUAACAGAUGUUUACCAAUGACAUAUUAUUAUGAAGCUUGAAUCAACCGAAUAAAAUAUGAAUAAUAAUUAUUGUCAUAUUGAAUGUUUGUAUUUGCUCGAAAAACAGUUUAUACCUAAAAUUUUAUUUAAUGCUUAAUAAUUUUAUUCUUAACUAAAAUAUAGACAAACUUAUUUAAUCAAAUACAAGGUAAAAUAAGUAAGUCAUCAAUAGUAGAAUAACUUUUCACUGUUCAUUUGUUCUUGAAUUAAAAGAAUCUUGUUAGCCUUCGCUUUCGGUUAUUUAUUAAUUAUUAUUUAUUGAAAAGAGUUAAUGUCUACAACUCUUGAAAGUCGAUGUAAGUCGUAUUAGGCCGAGCCCAGAUGUAUAUCAUGUGUCCGAUCCGAUGUAUCUGUAUUGGCAUAUUAUUCGUCGUAUCGUAUCCAAGCUUCGUAUCUCUUUUGAUCAUCGGAUAAAAAUCGUUUCGCGUAUCGUAUCAGAGCGGCGGCGUAUCGAGAUUCGAGACCGCGUAUGAUAACUGCAUAUCGUCACCUGCCCACAUAAUUAUGCGAUUGUAAUACGCGUCGGCGAUACGGAACGGUGAUCUGGUUGGGCAAAUAAUGCAUAUGUGGACAAGCCUUUAAGUUUAAAUGACUGGCUCUCAUUAUUUUAUAGUAGUGGAUGAUAUCGGCCUAUUUGUUAAUAAAACUAAUUUAUUUUAUUGGUGUGGUGCUAAUUCGGUUGAACACUAAAACUGAACUAAAUUAGCGGGUUUAAAAAUAUUUUUUAAAUAUAAAUACCUACUGAGCAAACGAGGAAGCGGGUCACCUGAUGAUAAGUGAUUACCGCCGCACAUGAAAAUCCAAAAACCUAUGUAUCGCCGGCUUUUGAGGAAUUUGUUGAUUCACCUCUUGAAUACCCCAUGUUGAAAUCCGAUUUUUUUUUGCAUGGGCGUGGAAAAAAAUCGGGCACAUGGGAGGUCUAAGUGCACCAGACAUCCUAUCCAUUAAGUCUGCGAGAAUAGAUGGCACUAAUUUUAUAGAACUUUAUAAGGAUUUGUGUACAACCGAACGCAUCAUCUUUGAUCAAAACUAUUAAGGUGAUUUGGUUACCUAAGUUUCCUUCUCUGUCGCACAUUCAAAAAUUUUCAAUGAUAGUGAAAGAAUCCGUACACUUUUAACAAAUGUGGCUCAGCCAAGUCUGAAACAACGUUUAUUUCAGACAUAUAUUUGUCGUAAUAUAGGUAUCUAGUUUUGAUAGACAAAAAUGGCGAUGAAAAAUAUUGAAUGUUUUCGCCAUUUUUCUCUAUGAAACUACUUCUGAUAUUAGGUAAAAUUAGAAUUUCUAAAAUGAACGCAAUUUUAUUGUUUAGGACUUGGCUGAGCCACAUAUUUUGUUUAAUAGUGUACCGACUGAUUCUCAUAAAAUUAUUAUUGGAAAUAUUAGAAUAUGCGAGAGAAGGGAAUUUAGGUAACCAAAGCGCAAAAGAAAACUAAAUGACAAUCAGGACAUUUAAAAUUUGUUUAUUAACAUCCUAUCCUAGUAUGAUAUGCUUAAAAAAUCGACCUUUACACACCUAUUAUAGUGGUAGAAGUACAUUUUUGUUUACCUACAUUAUUUUUUGUCCUGAUUCAGUAAACACUUAUGGCCGCUCGUCUUGAGCUAUUUUGUAUAAAUUUUGUUGUUUUAAUUUAAAAAUGUUUAUUUUACUUUAGUAGUCCACGUUACUUUAAAAUAUAAGUGUUAUGCACCAGA